GGGGAAGCUGGGAGAAUGUGGGAUUGGUGUUUGCUCUCCGUCCGUGUACAGUUUGCGAAGGGUGAAUGGUGCAUGAAAAGUGACCGGUUGCUUUGCUUUGCACUUGCUGCGGUUUACACACGAGUGUCACGAGCCUGGCCUGCUGUGCUGUUUGCAUCUUUCCAAGUAAGAUAUUCAAUCCAUUUUUGGUGCAAACUUGUUCAAGCUAUGGGCAAGUAUCAAGUCAAGGUGGGGAUAAUUGGUGGAUCGGGUCUCAACGAUCCAGAUAUCUUAGAAGGAAGGCUGGAGCGUAAGGUGUCUACUCCUUUUGGUGAGCCUUCGGAUUGCUUGAUUGAGGGCCGCAUCAGUGGCAUUGACUGCGUGCUUUUAGCAAGGCAUGGACGAAAACAUGAUGUCAUGCCAAGCAAAGUGAAUUAUCGGGCUAACAUUUGGGCUCUAAAAAUGGUGGGUUGCACGCACAUCAUUGCUUCUACAGCCACUGGUUCUUUACAAGAGGAUAUUGAACCAGGUGAUCUUGUUUUGCUAGACAGCUUCAUUGACAGGACUAAAUCUCGGGAAGCAACCUUUUUUGAUAACAGUUGUAAUGAACUGCAGGGAGUGUGUCAUGUUCCUAUGGAUCCUGCUUUUUGUCCUGAGACUCGUCAGCUUUUCUUAGAGGCUGCAAAUAAAUUGGGAUUGAAACUCCGUCCCACUGGUACUUGCGUCACUAUUGAAGGACCCCGAUUUUCCAGCAAAGCGGAAAGUCUACUUUACAAAAGUUGGGGUGUUCACCUUGUGAACAUGACUAUGGUUCCAGAGGUCUGUUUGGCCCGUGAAGCAGGACUUUGUUAUGCAGCAGUGGCUAUGGCAACAGAUUAUGAUUGCUGGCGGGACAAAGAAAAUGGUGUCUGUGUUGCUGAGGUGCUUGCUACUUUUAAACAGAACGUUGUGAAAGUUACCAAGCUUUUCAAAGAAGUUGUUCCAAUGAUUGGCGCACAUGAAUGGGACAACACAAUUGAUGAUCUUAAGAGUCUUGUGUCCAGUGGUUUCAUGUCAGCACCUUCUAAAGAAACACAUUGAUGAGAUGCAGAGGUAAUAAGAAAAGUGCACCUAUAUGUUUCAAAUUUUUUUUCAAAAACUGUUAAAUUGUGGUAGGUUUAUUAAAUUUUUAAAAUUUGAAAAGAAUUA